AUGCUCUCGAAACGAGUUAUCGCUGUCGCUCGCAGUCGUGCUUUUCUCGCUAGCAGAAAUGCCCAAUACGUUGCUGUAUCAUUGUCUAGAGGAUGGCAAAUCGCCGAUUCGCACAUCAGACGUGCACAGUUCUCUUCCAAGACUGUAAAAGUUCCACAGAUGGCAGAAUCCAUCUCCGAAGGUACACUCCGGUCAUGGUCAAAACAGGUUGGAGAUAGCGUCGAGGUUGAUGAGGAGGUUGCCACCAUUGAGACGGAUAAGAUUGAUGUCAGUGUUAAUGCACCUACAGCAGGGAAGAUUGUGGAGCUGCUCGCAAAGGAGGAUGAUACUGUCAGUGUUGGUCAGGACCUCUUCAGAAUUGAACCUGGCGAAGGUGGUGCAUCAUCUGCCCCUCAGGAGCAGAAGAUAGAUCCUGAAGAACCCAAGGACCAACAGCUGGACAAGACGACACCGGAGCCUCGCGCACCAUCGGGUGCCGAUAAACAGAGUAGCGGUGUCCCUCCGGAAGCACCUAAAGAGCCCAAGAAGGAGGUGAAGCAGGACUCGAAACCAAAGGAGAAGUCAAAAACACUUCCCCCUGCACCAAAGGCACCAGGCAGUCGGGGCGAGACUAGAGUUAAGAUGAACCGUAUGCGCCUGCGCAUUGCCGAGCGUUUAAAGGAGUCGCAAAACGCUGCCGCUUCGCUCACGACCUUCAAUGAGAUCGACAUGUCUUCUCUCAUGGAGAUGCGGAAGAAGUACAAGGACGAGGUGCUCAAAGAACAUGAUGUUAAGCUUGGCUUCAUGAGUGCAUUCGCUCGUGCGUGCACGCUGGCACUGAAGGAGAUUCCUGCUGCAAACGCGUCCAUUGAGGGUGACGAGAUCGUCUACCAUGAUUACGUUGACCUGAGUGUCGCUGUCGCGACACCUAAGGGCUUGGUCACACCAGUAGUGAGGAAUGUUGAGGGCAUGGGCUUUGUUGAGAUCGAGAAGGAGAUCGCUGCUCUCGGAAACAAGGCCCGGGAUGGCAAAUUGACACUCGAGGACAUGGCAGGAGGUACCUUCACCAUUUCCAAUGGUGGAGUCUUUGGCUCGUUGUACGGGACGCCCAUUAUCAACCUGCCACAGUCUGCUGUGCUCGGCAUGCACGCGAUCAAGGACAGACCUGUUGUUAUCAACGGCCAGAUCGUCAUUCGACCUAUCAUGGUCGUCGCUCUCACCUACGACCAUAGAUUACUCGAUGGUCGGGAGGCAGUCACCUUCCUAGUGAAAGUUCGUGACUUCAUUGAGGACCCUCGGAAAAUGCUCCUUGCAUUGAACUGA